AUGGAAUCGCUCAAGCCCCACCAAAUCGCGUUUACGCUCUCCGGCACCGAACGCCCCUUGGUUGGCGAGUGGAUCAAGGUCGUCAAGGACUUUUUUGCGACUACCGCCGCGCAGGUUGCUGAUCCGCUCGUCUUCUUCUCCCAAAACUCCUUCACCAACGCGUCGGCAAGCAACCCAUGGGCUGUGCAAGUGUCCGCUCCAACAACUCCAGACAAUCGCUCCGGGGGCACAACCAACUUUCUCUCGGAGCUGGAGCCUGCAUCGGGACUAUCUCUGGUCGAGAUCCUCGAGUCGACUACUGUCCACUGCACCGUCCAGCUCAUCGCCGUCCUCGGUCACCACAUCGAGGCGGUCCGCCUUGGGGCGCUGCAGCUCCUCCUCCAGCUCGCCACCAUCUUUGACAAGAAGGUUGUUGACUCAAAGAAAAAGAUGGAUCGGAUUACGCUCUCCCUUCAAACAGACGACAAAGGGUAUCAUGUGCCCGUCCACGAGUUCUUCCACUACAUCGGACCGGCGCUCUCCAACAUGACCAUUGCUCUCGUUGCGUGUCUCGAAAUGUUCUACACCUGUCCGGACUGGACCGUGCGCGGCAUCUGCAUAACCGCCCUUGGCCGCAUCGUCUACGAGAACGAAAAGAUCUUUGUCGAGGAAGAUCACCAUAUCCUUUGA